UUUUGUUUUCAAUUCUCUGAACACACACACCCUAAAUUCACGGAAUCAAUCAUCAUCCUAAUGCUCAGAGUUGUUGCUGGCCAGUGUGUGCGGGGAAUGCGCCAGGCGGCGGCGUUGCAUCCACACGUGCGAAUGAUGAUGGCCUCAGCGACUCCCAGCACCACUGCUGCCGCUCCCGAGGCCAGCGCAUCCACUGCUGCAGCAACAGCAACAGCAACAGGAUCCACUACGCAGCCAUUGCGGCGCAUCCCGACCAUGAAGCUGAACGAUCCGAGCAAACGCAAAAAGCCAAAGGCACCGAUGGUGACGCUCGCGGAAGUCGCACUUGCGUCUCCUGCGCCCGCCCAGCAGCAGCCAUCAGCCCAGCAGCAGUCAAAGUCAAGCGCAACGGCAGAAGAGGAGGACGACGGACACGAGUACGAGUACAUCAACCCACAGACUGGCGAACGCGGUGGCCCGCGCGGCCCAGAGCCCACUCGCUAUGGUGACUGGGAGAAGAACGGCCGGGCCAUUGAUUUCUGAACAAGAACCCAUCAUCCCAUCCAGCCAUCAUGGGGAUCAAUCGAGCAGCCUUGGAAAUCGCAGGACAUGUCCUGAAGUGCAGUUCGUGCGUUGGUCCUUUUUUCUGCGUCAGAUUUUACAAUGUUUUCUGAAUAACACUCAUGUACAAAUGACAACUUCAUUCAUGACCGAAACAAACAAAAAAUGUGUACAAGCAAUAAAACGCAACAACAAAAGGGAGGGGACAGA